AGGAAGCUGUUAAUGUCAAAAACUUGUGUAAAAAUUCAGUUUGAUUUCGGUCGGCGUCAUGAAUUUGUGUUGUGCCUUGUUGAUGUAGAAAACAAACUCUUCAACUAAUAAUAUUCUAUUUCAGUUUGCUUAAUUCGUGAUCGUGUCACAAAUGGUAAAGUAGUAUUGAUGUGAAAUGUUACAAGGAAUCUUGAAUAUUAAAAUGUUUGUGUGUGGUGAUAGAGUAAGUUGGAUUGUGCUAUAUAUCGUUCUGUCGUCCCUGACAAAGGAUAUCGGAGCCCAACAAAUAAAAAGUCCUGCAACAGACUUCCGCCGUCACAGAAUAGUACAACCUGUCAUCCAUCAUGGCAGGACGAAAAGAGAAAUCACAUCUACGAGGCACACGGAAGGUCUCCAUCAUCCAGAGGUGACGAUGACGCUCAACAUAGAAGGUGAGGAGCACAUCCUCGACCUGCGGUUAAAUGAAGACCUGGUGGCGGGAGACCACACAAUAAGCUACCAGAAAGACGGGAAGACGGUGCUACAUAAACCUACUAUUGAGGAACUAGACAUAUGCCAGUACUCUGGCAAAGUGAGAGGCAAAGAGAACUCGUGGGUGGCGUUGUCGACCUGCCACGGCGUUAGAGGGGUCAUACACGACGGCAAGCAAAUGAAAUAUAUUGAACCUGCGGAAGACGUAAACACCGAGGUAGGUUCACAACACUUCGUUUACGACCAUUCGGAUCUGACGACGAAUUUCCACUGCGGGUACGACGGUGGUGUGACGAAUAACACGGAGUACGAUCCGGAACUGUUGAAAAGGCAUCUUAGUGAACAGAGCAGGGAACGGAGCAGAGUUAGUCGGUACAAACGGGAUACCUCCGAAGACACAGAGGUCCGAGGGCCUUUCAACGUGAACAAGCAAUCGCGUUACGUUGAGCUGGUGCUGGUCGCUGACAACGGCGAGUACAGAGCCAAUGGAGAGAACAUUCACACAGUGCACAGGCAGCUGAAGGAUGUAGCCAACAUCAUCAACUCUGUAUAUGCACCACUGAAUAUUUUUAUAGCACUCGUAGGCGUGGUGGUUUGGACAGAGCAAGAUAGAAUACGUUUAGAGGACGAUGGAGAUGCAACUUUAACGCAUUUCCUGACAUAUAGAAGGGAGACGUUACUCAAUGAAAUACCGAACGAUAACGCGCAUUUGCUGACACGAAAGAAAUUCAAAGAUGGCGUGGUCGGCAAAGCAUUAAAAGGCCCGAUAUGCACAUACCAAUAUUCUGGAGGAGUUGCAGCCAACCAUUCCGAGGUUAUCGGCCUUGUGGCUACAACGAUAGCCCACGAAAUGGGGCACAACUUCGGUAUGGAACACGACACGGAGACAGACUGCAAAUGUCAGGACGAGAAGUGUAUAAUGAGUCCGUCUAGUACAUCUAUCACGCCGACGCAUUGGUCCGACUGUAGUUUGAGGUCGCUUGCGCUUUCUUUUGAGCGUGGAAUGGACUAUUGUUUACGAAACAAGCCAAAGCGUCUGUUUGACUCGCCGACGUGCGGUAAUGGGUUCGUGGAGCCGGGCGAGCAGUGCGACUGUGGGUUACGCCCAGACCCGGCGUGCGCGGCGUGCUGCCAGCCGCGCGCCUGCGUGCUGCGCAGCAACGCCACUUGCGCCUCGGGGGAGUGCUGCGAUCCGCUGACAUGUCGGCCAAAAACAGCGGGCACUGUGUGUCGAUCGGCCGACCGGGAGUGCGAUCUGGCGGAGUACUGCACUGGACACUCCGAGUUCUGCCCCAAAGAUGUUCACAAGAUGGACGCCACGCCGUGUUCUAAUGAUCAGGCAUACUGCGUACAAGGCUCGUGUCGGACGCACACAGACCAGUGCCGGCUGCUGUGGGGCUCCACCGGCUCCAGCUCGGAUGUGCAGUGCUACAAUACAUCCAACAUUAAAGGAGAUAAAAAAGGCAACUGCGGCUACAGACGGGGUACGGAAAGGGAACCCGCGCAAUACUAUCGUUGCGCUUCUGAAGACGCAAUGUGUGGUUUAUUGCAAUGUAGACAUCUCAACGAACGGCUUGAGUACGGCAUGGAGACCGUUGCCACACUUUGCGCUGCGUUCAUCAAUAACAAUGGUACUAUAAUAGUAUGCCGUACAGCAAUGCUCGAUAUGGGGACGCAAGACGUUGACCCGGGCAUGGUCCCCGAUGGCGCUAAAUGCGGCGAAGAUAAGAUGUGCUUAAAACAAAAGUGUGUGUCGGUGGCCGACGUCCGCGCGCUGAUGGCGCGUCGCGAGUCCUCCGUGUGUCCAUCCAAUUGUUCCGGACAUGGCGUAUGUAACUCAGAAGGUCACUGUCACUGCGACGCGGGCUUCGCGCCUCCGCUGUGCGCGCUGCCCGGCCCCGGCGGCUCCAUCGAUUCCGGCCCAGCCACCGACUCCAGCAUUCAAAGAAACUUCAUGGUGGCAAUGUACAUCAUAUUCCUCGGAAUACUACCCUCCAUACUACUGGUGCUAUUCCUCCUAUACUACUCAAGACACAACGUGCUACUAUGGUGGAAGAAACCAAGGAAAACGGUCCAAUCACCAAAGAAGAACAGCCUACAACGACGUAUUUCACGAAGCGCAAGCAAGUUCGCUGCCAAUUUCCAAAACAACUCUCAAAAUAACGCUCAGCCCGUCAACGUUCACACCCUUUCUAACCCUGACGAUAUGAGUUCCAGCCUGCUACGAAGUGAUUCCGAGCAUAGCCCUUCUGGAAAUCUAAACCCUUCCGUCAACUUUUUCGGCAAUUUCAAAGGCUUCUCCCUCACACCUAUCGACAAGAACCCGCCGCAAAAUGAAAACGAAGAUAAAGCCAAGAAACCCGAGAAUGUUCCGAAAAGUGCUAAAAUUACUCCUGUACACAGAAGCGGUAGUAACAGCCAGAAUAUCAGCCAAGCGUUAAAACCCGUAAUGCGUUCAGCCCCUCCCUUGCCAGUAGUACCACUCACCACUAAACCACCCACCAAUACAAGCCCUUCAGUCAAAAGAACCAAUAGUUCAGUCCAAAACCGUAUAAAGGCAUUAAUAGGCUCUGAAAAAUCCGAAGAAGAUUCAAGCGUCCCUAAUCCAGCCUCUAGACCAGUAAUUUCCAGUCCAAUUCUGGAAGCUUCCACAUGUACCGCGAAGGAACUGAUUUCCCCGCUCCAAGGCUCAAAAACGAUGGGACCUAUACGUCAGGCUCCUACCGUACCAAGUUUUUCACCGGAUUUACCAAAAAGACCUUUAAGCAUGCAUUGCGCUGGCAAUGUCCCCCAAAAACCGUUACCAGAAGAACCAAAAAAAGUCAAAGAAGGAAUAUCUCUAAAUAGAAUCGCUUCAUUCCUAAAACAUGACAAGCCUAAGGAAAAAGAACGAAACCCUGUCGAAAGGAGUCAUUCUUUACCCAAAAAUCCAAACAAUCAAGUCAAAGUACUUAAAACUGCCGAUAAAACCGCGUUGCGAAAUUUGCAAAUAUCGAAUCCUAUUUUGCAGAAAGAUAUUGAGUUAUCGGUUAACACUGUACCUGUGGUUUCUGAUUCCGAAGAUGGAGAUGAUUCGAAAGCGUUUGUAAAUCGGGCUCAAAGUAUGAGGGCACCACUUGCUCAGAAACCGACGAUCCAAAGCUUUGGUUCAAUGAGGCAAGCUCCAGGAGUGCCAAGGCCUUUAUCUUGUGUGGGAAGACCAACUGCCCCACCCCCUCCUUUACCAAACCAAUCGAAGCCCGACGAACCAACGAUAUACCAGAAACCGAAAAUACAAAACGAAAUUAAAUCUACAGAUUAUGUGGAUUGCAUAGAAGAGAAACCAGCACCUUUAGCCCACAUAGACGAGGAAUCAGGCGAUAAUAUCUAUGCCAUUAUAGAAGAAAGUCCCGAACACCAUUUCAAACCUUUGCCAAAACCUUUACCUAGUAAAAUAUCGACUAUUCCCCCAAAAGCUAUUCAACAACCAGCAGAAGAAUACAAAACGCCAAAACCUAUAAAUUCUAGCUCGGGAAGUACUGAAAGCAUGGGUUUGUUAGGAGAAAUCGUGAGCGAGAUACAAAAUAGAAACUUCGACUCAAUAUACUCUGCCUCUACGCUUUCAAGAAAGAAAGAGAAGGAAAAGAAAAUCGCUGAGAAUAAAAGAGACAGCACAUACAUGAACACAGAUUAUAAAAGACCAGAGAGUGUGUACAACAACUCGGGGGCAAAAUCUAAUGCGUCGACAACGAGCAGUGGUUAUUUACAUCCCUCUGCGGUGAAUGUGCCAACGUAUAUGCAAAAGGACGAUCCCAAACAAGAUACAGAAAAAGUGAACUCAAAAAUACCAACUUUUACGAGACAAGUGACCCCACCUGGUCUAAGAACAUCUACGUUCAAAAGCGUACCGCAAUCGCCGAAAGCAGUGCCCAAAAGUCUGAAAACUAUACCAAAUAGUCCAGAUUUGGUAUCGAGUUGUACAGUCCCAGAUACUAAAAACGUUAAAGCACCAGAUGUCAUUAAUAACAAUAAAGUAGAACCACCGAAAUUAGCAGCUAAGCCGAGUACAGUAAAAACCGACAAUCGACCUCCAUUAAGGCCUGCACCUACAAUAGACAAAAAGGCUGUAAAAACAGGCCCGGCAUUAAAACCGGCCAGUGUACCAACAACUAAAACUGAUAAAAAUCCGCCUCUGAACCGUGCCAAUUCGAAAACAGACUCUAACGUUAAGGCAAUAGCGGAUAAUUUGAACAAAAAUCGACCGAAAAUCGUCCCGAAACCAAGUACGAUAGUACAAAAGACUGAUACGAAUAUAAAACCCAAUACAACGAAGUUAGCCGCGAAACCGUCGAACGUUGCGAGUUUGCAGCAGAAAUUUGAAAAUAGAAAAUCUUUAGGGAAAGAAAUUGCAGUUAAGAAAUAGCAUAUUCUAAACUAUAACUAGGAAUUAUUUCAAAGAUCUCCAUUUAGCGCUUUAUUUAAAAAAAACGAGUUUUUUUUUUCCUUGAAUGAAGUAUGCGAAAUUCGUCCACUAACGGACAACGCGAUAGGUUACAGAAAAACGAUACAUAUUUUUAUAAUUAAGUUUUUCUGAAUGAAAUGAAUUUUUGCAGAGAAGAGAGCAAGUAAAUUGGGAACUGAGUUAUUGAGAUUCUAGUUUAUAAAAUACACAUAAGCAUUACGUAGGAUCCUUUAUCGUCAAAUGUCUGAAGUCAAAAGUACGAUUCACCUUUAAAUUAAAAACUAAAAUCGUACUUUCGAAGUGACAGUUGACACAGAGCUAAAAUGGCGAGUUAGAUCUCAAAAUAUAUGCAUUAUUUAUACAUAUUAUAGAAA